UCCAGUUCCUCCACCUCCCAUGGUUCCAUCGUAUUUCUCUUCUCUCCUCCUCCCUCUCGCUUGCUCUCUGUCCUUCCUUCUCUUGUAACCUUGAAUCUUUGUUCGUUUCACUUUCUGCUCUUCGCAGACACUCCUUCCUGUUGAGAGGCAUCGUCCAUUGCCUUGCUCUAGUACGACACCCACGAUUGCGGUGCGCAUAAGACUCACCAACCGUAUAUUCAUUCACUUGAGGCAGCGAGUGCUUCUUUGCUCCGGAACAGCUCUUGCGCAGAUUACGCCCGCCGAUCACGUCUUUGACACGUGCGGCCUGAGACGGCCCUUGUGCGUCGUGUCAUCGCCCUUCAUCGAGCGCCUUGGUGGACAAUCUCUGCCGCCGAAAACCCACCAACCCAAGAGUCGCCCCAAGCCAGUGGAUGCGCCAGGUGUCAUGAGCGCGGCCCCGGGCUUCGCCGCGGAAGCCUUCGCCCUGCUGGGCUUGGGCCUGGCAGGCACGGCGCUGCGGGUUGGGGCCCGCGUCUGGGCUGCUACUGACUGCCGGAGAUGGAAUUCCCUACUAGUCGACGACUGGCUGGCGGUGAUGGCUUCGGUAUGUGUCAUCGUUUGGGCGAAAUGGAUCCCCUGUGGACUGCCUGUUUUCCUCAGACUUAGAAUGGCUGCCGACUGACUCUCAAUGACAAGACGCUAUAUAUCGCCGACACAUGUCUCGCAUAUGUAAGCCAGAGCGCGGCGCGUGGCCUGACCAACAGCUUCAUGUCUGAGCAUGGCACCCCGGAAGCGUCUGGUGAGAGGGAUGCUAGGAUCCUGGGGUCCAAACUUUACUUGGCCAGCUGGGUUACUUACUCUCUCGUCACAUGGACUCUCAAGGCCGCCGUGUGCACCCUCUUCCUGCGCCUCGCCAACAACCACCAUCGCGGAUACCGCACCCCCGUCUUCAUCGGCCUCGGCGUCCUGGGAAGCACAUUUCUCGCCGCCACGCUGAGCCUCUUGCUCAGCUGCCGGCCGCUUCCGCGCAUGUGGCAGGCCGACGAGCCGUCUGCCCCGGAGCCCGCAUGCCGGCCAGCCAGCUCGCCGGUGGUGGUGGGGACUUACGCGAGCUUCGGCAUCGCCGCGUACGUGUACCUGGCAGCCCUGCCGGUGCCCAUGCUGGCCAAGUCGGUGCUCCCAGCAUGGCAGCGGGCGCUGACAACGACACUCGUGGUCUGUGGGCUGGUGGCGGCGGCGGCGGCGGCUUUGCGUGCCGAGGCAGUCUCUUCUCAACACGACGCGCGGCUUUCGCGGCAGUGGGCGCUGCGAGAGGAAUUCAUUGCACUGCUGACCGUCAACCUCGCCUGCAUUGUCCCGACAGUAAUCCAACACGUCGUCGUACCCCUGAAUCACCACCAACAGCGGCAGAACACGCACAGGCAGUGGGCGCUGCAGAGCCAUCUUGCCGGCAAAGUCGCCUCCCGGGAGGCCUGCACCGACGAUGAGAGUCAGACAACCUGUAUCGGCACAGUCUACGUCAUCGAUGUGAGCGAAAAGGUCGAGACAGAGGUCGAGGAAGUCGCCGCCCUGGAGGAGAGCGAGCCCCAGAUACAGCGGCGGGUCGAGGUGUGUGUCGUGGCGGAGCAGGACGGGCCCGAGGCCACGAGCGGCAACUACACGGGCGUCUGGACUGGAUCCAAAGGCAGGGUACUGCAAACGAGGAGCAAGUUCUUUGGAGACCAUAUCCACCAAAGGGCAUAUGUGCGCAUGUAAGAGCCAUACAUGUCUGGAUAUAUAAAUGGAAGCGCGUCGGUCAGCUUUCCAGCG